CUGAGCAUGACAUAAUCGAAGUCCAGUGUAUACGAGGGGGCAAAACAUCCGUGUUCUGCCGCCGCUAGGUUUGCAAAGUGGGCGAGAGUAGCGCGGAGAGGCGCUCCGCUUCCUUGCCCUGCAUUUCGCCUCCCUCCGAGGGUAUGGAGCCAUCAGAUUGCCAAUCCUGUACUGAAGCCAGUGGUGCCCACUUCCACUCAGACGAAUCUUCAGGGGCAUAUGUUGCUGAUGUUGUUAGGAAGGGGCCUCGGCGAGGUCCAUCACGUAAGAAGGCCAAAUCUUCAGGCGCAUAUGUAGCUGAUGUCGUUAACAAGGAGGUUCAGGAAGAAGGUCCAUCUCAUGUGAAGGUCGACAUUGACCAAGCAAUCGAUCUCAUGAGGUUUUCCUUGAGAGAAGGGAUGGCUUUUCUGGAUAAUGGGUCGGGGAGAUCAUUUGAGGAAAGGAAUAUCAUCGACAUGUCUAGCUACAUGGUCAAUCUGAUGUUCGAGAGAGGUGCAUCACAUCGCGGUGCUUCCCGCCGGAUGCGGGCGGUGAAACCUACCAUUGACAAGGAUAUUGCCCAUGUGUUUGCUAAAGAAGUAAGAAAAGGUAUUGCCAAUGAGUUCCAGGGAGAUCCCUUUGGGAUAGUCGUUGAUAUGUGUUCUCCCCCUUCCACAGGGAAAUGCUACAUGGUUCUGUUUGUGCGCUAUCUCAAUGGCAAGGGUGAGGUUUUGGAGAGGCUUCUUGGGAUUGUGCCAGAGCCUGAUGUCAAAGUGGCAGUGGAUUUGAUGCUUUCUGAAGCUGGAUUGAGCUUGACAAAUGUGCGGGGCCAAGGUUAUGGCUUGGCUCGGUAUGGUGAUGAAACUUUUUCUGAACUAAAAACAUUGGUCAGUAAAGCAAGUGCAUCAGCGUACUAUGUUCAUCCUUCCGCUUUCCAGUUGCAUUCCAUUCUUGCCUCUACUUCCCAAAAUCUGCUUGAAACUUUCCAGCUUUUCCGAGCUAUUGAUGCUUUGUCAAAAUUAGUUCAAGAGUCUCCUCAGUUCAAUCAAAGGGUCCGCUCGCUGAUCCAAGAGAGAGGCUUGAAUCUGGAUAACAACCUUGAGAAGCCAGGUGAGACAUCCUGGGGCUCAUACUAUGAGGCACUAGUGAAACUCGCUGCUUAUUUACCUGCUGUUUGUGAUGCACUUUAUGGGGAGAGAUGAUUCCAAAAGGACUGAUGAGAAACUUACGGUAUUAAGAGCACAAUGGGCAUUCACCGAGGACAUGCCCUUUGUUUUGCUCUUGAUGCGAGAUGUACUAGCUGCUACAAAUGAAUUGUCUCUGGCCUUGGACAGGAACGACCUGGAUGCUGAGAAGUUUAUGAUUCUUCUCAAGGAGUCCAAGAGACAGUUGCUGGCACUGAGAGAUGAAGGAUGGCCAUCUUUUCUCAUGGAAGUGGACUUGCUUUGCACCGAGAGUGACAUGCCUAUGCCUGACAUGGGAGAGCAGUAUGCACACCACAGGUGGAGCGACGAUGAAUCUCCAACAUCGACAAACUUGGAGCAUUACCAUAUUCAUGUCUUUGUAAAAGUUAUCAACGACCAACUCAGGGAGCUUGAUAAGCGCUUUAGCAAGGAAAGCUCUGAAUUGGUUUGCCUCGCAUCAUGCCUAAACCCACGCAAUCUUUUCCAAGCUUUUGAUAAGGACAAGCUCAUUAAGUUUGCUCGGUUCUAUCCAUCUGAGUUUCCCGAUACAUCUAUUGCAGCACUUGAUCUGCAACUCCAGGUGUUCAUAACUGAUGUGCGCUCUGAUGCCAGAUUUCAUGAAAUGGUUAGAUUGAGCGAUCUUUCUGUGAAGAUGGUGGGGACAGGGAAGAACAACAUGUAUCCAUUGGUUUAUCUGCUCCUGAAACUCGCUCUCAUCCUUCCUGGCACAGCAGCUAUCGCCAAGACAGCAUCUUCAACAAUGAAGUUCAUAGACAGCACAAUGAUGAAAGAACCCUGCAACCAGUGGACCAGUGACUGCUUACUGGUGUUCCUGGAGCACGAUAUAUUUGAAAGCAUAACCAAUGAUGACGUCAUCGCAUCUCUGUGAGGCUACCAAGUGUAGUGAUUGGUUGACACCUCUAUCAAAACAGUGUCUUGUAGUUUUUGCAGCAGCAUGUCAGUUUCAUGCACAUUUUAUCUUCUGAACCUAUGUGAUUCUGCACUUCUAUUGCCGCCAUACUAGUUUGCUCUGUAUGAACCCUUGUUUGCUCGUCUGAAAUCUGAAUUCUGAAUG